AUGGCGGCGGCCGAAUCUGAUCGUGAAGUACCGUCUGCGCUGUGUACUGAAUUCCUGAAUUUCUCUGUCAAAGACACAGCUUCGGUAAGCGACAGUUUUCAUAUGUGUAUAUAUUUGAUGUAAUUUUUCUUAUCAAAGGGAUCAGAGCGCACCAAUUUCAUCUAUCAUAUUUAUUUCCCUAUUUUUCCAUCUCGAUUUGUUUUUCUUCGAUGCGAUGAUGGCCUCGCUAACAGUACGGGAACUUGGCGAACGCUUACUAGCUAGCUAGCGUUAACUAGCCUUCUAGAAAAUUGCAUUUUAGCUAAUAUAUGGAACAGCAUAAAUGUAAGAAUGAUUGGAUGUGAUAAUAUACCAGAUAUUUUAUAUUGAGAGAUGUGUCCAGGAUUAUAUAUUUUAAAAAAACUUUAGCUAGCUAGCUACCGGUAACUAGCUAGUGUUUUUCUGAGCUAGCUAGCAAAAGCUAGCUGUUCACUUGGCAGACAAAACAAUAUUAAUUUGCUCGUCUCUGCUGCUGCUGUUGUUGCUGUUGUUGCUGUUGUUGUUGUUGUUGCUGCUGCUGUUGUUAACUCCAUAGCUAACACAGCAGUAGCGAUCCUGGCAAGCUUGCUAACCAAAACCCCGUAACAUUAGUGCUGGGCGAUAUCUUUCAAAUGUAUGAUUGUAUUUGCCGUUAUUUUAACUAUGGUUUUAAAUAAUAAAAGUUCCAAAUAUGCUUAAGUUCUAAAUAUGACUAGUAUGGGACUCUACUCUAGUGUGGCAACACACAAAUGAAGUGAUUUCAAUGGGGCUUUCUCCAUUCUGAUUGUUUUAUACUGUUCGAUCUACUUUUGAGUAUUUUCAUCAAUUUCUGCGUUUCCUGCACUUUUGUUAUCAUUUCCACACUGCCACGUAGGGCUGCAUUAUAGAUAUGCAUUAUGGGCAAACAAUCUAGGCCUAGUUUAUUGGUGAACUGUUGGAAUCAUGGAAAUAUAAUUAUUAUUGUAUUUCAAUAGUUGGAAUAUAGUGGGCAGCACUUUGAAUACAUUGUUGUUUGACAUGACAACAAAUGACUAAGCCAGGGAGGAAUUAUUGUGACAGGGUAGGAUCCAAAGUGUUGGUCAGUGUUUCCCAGGGGACCGUAUACGAUGUUACAUUACAUGUUUUCUCAUGUAACUACACUACAUGACCAAAAUAAUGUGGACACCUGCUCGUCGAACAUUUCAUUCCAAAAUCAUGGGUAUUAACAUGGAGUUGAAGCUUAAACAGCCUCCACUCUUCUGGGAAGGCUUUCUACUAGAUGUUUGGAUUAUUGCUGGGGGACUUGCUUCCAUUCAGCCAUGAGCGUUAGUGAGGUUGGGCACUGCUUUUUUGACACCACAAGUUCUGCAGGCUCUAGUUUUGUCUUAUCGUUUAUUGUCCAGUCGUGCGGUUGUGUGCUGCAAGGAAAGACCUAGUUAAGCUGCAGCUGGCCCAGAACAGAGCGGCACGUCUUGCUCUUCAGUGUAAUCAGAGGACUGAUAUAAAUACUAUGCAUGCCAGUCUCUCUUGGCUAAGAGUUGAGGACAGACUGACUGCAUCAAUUCUUCUUUUUAUAAGAAACAAUGUUGUUGAAAAUCCCAAAUUGUUUGCAUAGUCAAUUUAGACACAACUCUGACACACACACUUACCCCACCAGACAUGCUGCCAGGAGGUCUUUUCACAGUCCCCAAAUCCAGAACAAGUUCAAGAAAGUGUACAGUAUUAUAUAGAGCCAUUGUUGCAUGGAACUCCGUUCCAUCUCAUAUUGCUAAAAUAAACAGCAAACCUGGUUUAAAAAAAACAGAUAAAGCAACACCUCUCUCCUAUUUGACCUAGAUAGUUUGUGUGUAUGUAUUGAUAUGUAGGCUACGUUUACAUUUACAUUUACAUUUACGUCAUUUAGCAGACGCUCUUAGAGCGACUUACAUUAUUAUUAUUUUUUUAAUUUUAUUUUUUCAUUUUCAUACCCCCGUGGGAAUCGAAACCCCACAUCCCUGGCUUGCAAACGCCUGCCUCUAACAACUGAGCUACAUCCCUGCCGGCCAUUCCCCUCCCCUUACUCUAGACGAGCUGGGCAAUUGUGCGCGCCCCAUUGGUCUCCCGGUCACGGCCGGCUACGACAGAGCCUGGAUUCAACUCAGGAUCUCUAGUGGCACAGCUAGCCUGCGAUCAGUUGCCUAGACCACUGCGCCACGCGGUGUCAUGAGGCGGAAAGCACAUUUGACAUUUUUAAAGCAAAUUUCCUGCAAUUCUACACAUUUUGCCAUGGACUAUGUCAUGUUUCUUAUGCUAUCUGAGUGACUUCACAAUCAAUGGGGGACCAAUGACAUGACAUUUUUUUGAAAUGUUAGAUUCUCUCUGACUAGUUUUUAUUCUGAUCUUAUUUUAAAAAUAUAUUACUCCAUUAUCUUUUCUACAUACUUUAUAUCUGGUUUUAGUCGUUUAAGUUCACACUGAAAAUGUUCUACAAUCCCGAAAACUAUGCAAAACAUUUUUUUAUUGUACUUUUUUUGUAUUGGCGGCAUGCCGUUGCUAAAAUAAUAUAGGAUAAGCACUGCAGUGAGAGAGACGAAGGGAUAAUUAUUUAAAUAUUUUUUAUUGUAUUUUGCCCCCUUUUUCUCCCCAAUUUCAAUCUUGUCUCAUUGCUGCAACUCCACAACGGGCUCGGGAGACGAAGGUCGAGUCAUGCGUCCUCCGAAACACAAGCGGAGAUACAGACUCUAAUAAGUCUUCUGUUACAUUUCUACAUUUUAUACGUUGGAGCAGUGCGAGCAAAGUUGAUACUUUGUAUAAUUUCAUUGCCUGGUAUAACCAAGAGCACAGGCCAGUCUGAGUAGGCUUUGCAGUUGCACGUUCGCUGUCACGCAGCCUCUGAGUGAGAGGAAAAUGGAGCACAGCUUCGCGACAGGCAUGCUUGCAGCUUUAAAGCAAAGAAUGGCAUCUCUCUAGCCCAAACGGGUAAAAAAAAAAUAUGACCCAUACAGUGGGGAAAAAAAGUAUUUAGUCAGCCACCAAUUGUGCAAGUUCUCCCACAUAAAAAGAUGAGAGGCCUGUAAUUUUCAUCAUAGGUACACGUCAACUAUGACAGACAAAAUGAGAAAAAAAAAUCCAGAAAAUCACAUUGUAGGAUUUGUAAUGAAUUUAUUUGCAAAUUAUGGUGGAAAAUAAGUAUUUGGUCAAUAACAAAAGUUUCUCAAUACUUUGUUAUAUACCCUUUGUUGGCAAUGACACAGGUCAAACGUUUUCUGUAAGUCUUCACAAGGUUUUCACACACUGUUGCUGGUAUUUUGGCCCAUUCCUCCAUGCAGAUCUCCUCUAGAGCAGUGAUGUUUGGGGGCUGUCGCUGGGCAACACAGACUUUCAACUCCCUCCAAAGAUUUUCUAUGGGGUUGAGAUCUGGAGACUGGCUAGGCCACUCCAGGACCUUGAAAUGCUUCUUACGAAGCCACUCCUUCGUUGCCCGGGCGGUGUAUUUGGGAUCAUUGUCAUGCUGAAAGACCCAGCCACGUUUCAUCUUCAAUGCCCUUGCUGAUGGAAGGAGGUUUUCACUCAAAAUCUCACGAUACAUGGCCCCAUUCAUUCUUUCCUUUACACGGAUCAGUCGUCCUGGUCCCUUUGCAGAAAAACAGCCCCAAAGCAUGAUGUUUCCACCCCCAUGCUUCACAGUAGGUAUGGUGUUCUUUUGAUGCAACUCAGCAUUCUUUGUCCUCCAAACACGACGAGUUGAGUUUUUACCAAAAAGUUAUAUUUUGGUUUCAUCUGACCAUAUGACAUUCUCCCAAUCCUCUUCUGGAUCAUCCAAAUGCACUCUAGCAAACUUCAGACGGGCCUUUACAUGUACUGGCUUAAGCAGGGGGACACGUCUCGCACUGCAGGAUUUGAGUCCCUGGCGGCGUAGUGUGUUACUGAUGGUAGGCUUUGUUACUUUGGUCCCAGCUCUCUGCAGGUCAUUCACUAGGUCCCCCCGUGUGGUUCUGGGAUUUUUGCUCACCGUUCUUGUGAUCAUUUUGACCCCACGGGGUGAGAUCUUGCGUGGAGCCCCAGAUCGAGGGAGAUUAUCAGUGGUCUUGUAUGUCUUCCAUUCUCAAUUUGUCUGUCAUAGUUGACGUGUACCUAUGAUGAAAAUUACAGGCCUCUCUUAUCUUUUUAAGUGGGAGAACUUGCACAAUUGGUGGCUGACUAAAUACUUUUUUCCCCCACUGUAUUACUGAAGCUACCUUUUUUCUUCCUGAGCGAUUUUGCACACAUUUUAUAUAAUUUCACAAACCAUGCCGCGGGCUGUUUUUAAACUAAUCUCAGGUCGCUAAUUAUUGGUUUGAUAACAAACGUUGUUCAGUCAUGUUACCUAGCUAGCUUACAACCUGCUAACUUGACAGUAGGUCUAGGCAAAUUUGAUUGGCUCAGGAAGAAAGGAAAGGGGUCUUCUGCUCAUGAGAUGUGCUUCAAAAGUACGAUUCAUAUAGGCCAAAAGUAAACCUAAACUAUAUUUCUGGUACUCCUUAAAUUAUGUUUGGUGCCUAAUGUUUUUAAAGCUGGGAGCAGUGUUUGUGUGAGAGAGAGAGGGAGACCGAGAGUGAGUGUGUGUGUUAACUGAAGUGAAGAAGGUUUCAUGCAGUGUUUUCCCCUUAUGCAUGUAUAUUAAUUCCUCCAGACAAAUCACAGUUAGGCCUUUGCAAAUAUGAGCAAAUCAGCCAUUCUAUGCAGUAUUCUAUUAUACAGUGUGAAGUUAAAUUCAAUUGGUGUUGUGUUGAGUAAAAGUGUGAAUAUCAGUUACAGUGUUUUGUGUAGCACGUGUGUAUAACGUUUAUAAACGGGAACAAGCAUCCGGGGGACGGGGUGAACAGGAUGCUAGGCCACUGAAUUUGUCCCCCCGUGGUAUUGAGAUAUUCCUCGGUAUCGUGAUACUUGGCCUGGUAUCGUUAGUAAAAUGUUAGAAUCGUGACAGCACUACAAAGUACUAGGGUAGUGAAUUGAUGUUAGCUUCAGCUGUAAGUUAGUAAGGAAAGUUGGCCUACAACGCUGGAAGCUACCGGUAUCUUCUAACAUUGUAAAGUGUUCUAGCCUGUAAUGGACAUUGUUUUGCGACCUGUAAUUAACAGUUGCAAUUUCCUACAUGCUGCGGUGCAUUAUUCAAGUCUCUUAACUUCUGUAGGGAGCUAACAUGAUGCAGCCCAGAGAGUGCAGUGGUUCCUCAGGACAUGCUAGAGCUAGCAAUGAGUAAGUGGAGCAGGCACGGUGCUCUCGCGUUAUAAGGGAACAUCGGCUGUGCUGAUAGCCAGACUUGGUCCUUUUUCAAUCAGAAAUUCACUCAGGCUGUUUACCAUUGAAAAAAAUGGUCAGUUCUGCUUAAGGGGGUGGCUCUCCCAUAAAUACCAGUGCUGUAGCAGCUGGGUCUGGUCUACUUCAUUGACUGUAAUUCAGAGGUACUGUAUAUAAUGACGAGAUGGUCUCAGGGGUUGCAUUAACACAGAAUUCUGUGUUUUUCACACAAAAACUAAAAAGAGAACGCAUAAGAAAUAUCUUUGGAAACUCAGAUCUAAAAUGCUUCUUAGUUUAAUUUCUGCUCGGCAUCAGACAAAUCUUGUGCUUCAGUUGCACUUCUCCACUCUGAGAAUUCACAAACAGGCAUCCUAUCAGCUACUUUUUUCUGUGUAGCCUACUUUUCUCCAGUAAAAUGCAAGAUUAACUUUAAGCAAAACAUUAGGGAAUGUAGCUGGCUACAUUCUUUCUAUGAUAACCAUUAGUGGACAGAUUGACGGGUGUGGACCCUCUCGCUUCACCUCUUCCUCUCUGACUAAACUAACGUGACCAGCUACCUUUUUUUUUUUUUUUUUACUACCACCCUGGUGACCAAUUAAAAAUCGCUGUUGCACUGCCAAGUCAAAGGGUAUUUUGGUCACUGUCUGGAACUCUAUAAUACCCACUGCUGGUAGCCAUGUAUUCUUCUAACAGUAAAUUCAAUGUCCUACAAAACGUUGCAGUUUUACAAAAUGAGGCCUAUGCGCACUCACAAUGGCAGAUGCACAUUUUGCACGCUCUUCCUAAAGCUAUAUCAAAUAUCUCAGUGGUAAAAUAGGUACUUGCUACAGAGCUCAAUAUUGAGAGGAGAAAUACAAAUUAUACCUACAGAAAGCAGAGUACCUGUCUUCAACAGUGACAACUGUAGUUUCUUCAAAGGCUUUCCCGCGAUAUGAUUUUGAAAUCAGAAAGCCUAUGGGCACAAACCCACCGUCGCUGGACCAGACAGGACUGGCAAAAAGUGCUCUUCACUGACGAGUCGCGGUUUUGUCUCACCAAGGGUGAUGGUUGGAUUUGGGUUUAUCGUCGAAGGAAUGAGUGUUACACACGAGGCCUGUACUCUGGAGCGGGGUGGAGGAUCCGUCAAGACCGGAAUGUCAGGGCUCUGCCAUGGCCAGCAAAGAGCCCGGAUCUCAAUCCCAUUGAGCACGUCUGGGACCUGUUGGAUCGGAGGGUGAGGGCUAGGGCCAUUCCCCCCCCCAGAAAUGUCCGGGAACUUGCAGGUGCCUUGGUGGAGGAGUGGGGUAACAUCUCACAGCAAGAACUGGCAAAUCUGGUGCAGUCCAUGAGGCGAUGCACUGCAGUACUUAAUGCAGCUGGUGGCCACACCAGAUACUGACAGUUACUUUUGAUUUUGACCCCCCCCCCCCCCCUUUGUUCAGGGACACAUUAUUCAAUUUAUGUUAGUCACAUGUUCAGUUUGUCUCAGUUGUUGAAUCUUGUUAUGUUCAUACAAAUAUUUACACAUGUUAAGUUUGCUGAAAAUAAACGCAGUUGACAGUGAGAGGACGUUUCUUUUUUUUUGCUGAGUUUAGAUAAUAAUAAUAUGCCAUUUAGCAGACACUUUUAUCCAAAGCGACUUAGUCAUGUGCACAUACAUUUUUACGUAUGGGUGGUCCCGGGGAUCGAACCCACUACCCUGGCGUUACAAGCGCCAUGCUCUACCAAUUGAGCUACAGAGGACCACAUGAGUCAUUCAAAAAAUCAUGUUAAACACUAUUAUUGCACACAGAGUUAAUGUGAAUUGUUAAGCACAUUUUUACUCCUGAACAUGUUUAGGCUUGCCAUAACUAAGGGGUUGAAUACUUAUUGACUCAAGACAUUUCAGCUUUUCAUUCUUUAAAUUAGUUUGUGAAAAUGUAGGAACACAUAAUUCUACUUUGACAUUAUGUGUAGGCCAGUGACGACAAAAAUCUAAAUGUAUUCCAUUUUAAAUUCAGGCUGUAACACAACAAAAUGUGUGGAAAAAACAAGGAGUGUGAAUACUUUCAGAAGGCGCUGUAACUAGGUCAAAUUCGUACAAGUUGGACCUGGACUGUGUUCACACAUGCCACAUGCCCUCAAGUCUGAAAGUCUAAUAACUGGUUUGUUAUAAUAUUCACGUCUCACUGUUGCCCCCCUCUACACAGAAAUGGCUCCAGGUGACUGAUCUGUACAAGGAGGUGUACCAGCACCUGGCCCGCUAUGUCCCAAAGAUCUACUGCCUGGGGCCCAACCUGAACCCCCAGAGUGAGGACCUGCUGGCCCAGAUGCUGCUGCAGGCCCCUCUGGAGUGGUACCUUUGUGGGGAGGACCCCUCCACGGGCCUGGCCAAGCUCGAGCAGAACAACCAGCCCUCACAGCUCUGUGGACAUGUCUUCAAAGUGGGAGAGCCCACCUACUCAUGCAGGUGGGGGUAGUUGAGGUCUCAUUCAGACAGACGGAGACGCGCGCACACUCACAUACUAGCUGUCCUUUCCUGUGAGUUGGCCAGGUGAAUUGGGUCAGGUUGGUCCUGUGUUAAGUCACAGAGGUCAAACCGUAAGCUUCCUGGUAAGCGGUACUGUCUGGAUAAGGUCGAGGUCACUUCUGUUUACAGGAUCAGCUUGCCAAUACUAGUCAAUUCCUUACACUCAAUUGUGUGUUCAAUGGAAAACCAUUGCGAUGCAUACCCAUGCUUAUUGUACUGCAUAGCCUAAUUGUACAUCCAUUCCAUGAGUAUUGCUGUUUUCAUUUUUCCUGAACUCCUCCUUUUGUAUUGGCUUUGAGUAACAUGGUCACCGGGUCAUGUUAACAUGGGAUCAAGACAUGACCUGAUGGAACGUUGGAAGACAAUGUUAGACACUGGCUGUCCCUCCUGCCUCACUCACAAUCAAACUCUCUCCUGCAGGGAAUGUGCUGCAGACCCCACCUGUGUGCUGUGUAUGCAGUGUUUCCUGGGCAGUGUGCAUAAAGAACAUCGCUACAGGGUAAGAACGACAAUGCAACCUCCACCACACACAAAAUGGUUCAGUAUUAGCAGACUAGCAGCCUAAACUAUGGCUAGGUUUCAGUAGAGGCGCUGUCGUGGAAUGAGUAAGUGAGUGGGUGAUUGCCAUGAGACGGGUCACUCAGUAGCUGCUCUGAAUCCAGGCUGAGGAUCAGGCAGGCUAAUCCCAUUUGGGGCUGGCCACUGCUGCCAUGUGGGCCUCAGGAUGGGUGCACCUAGGCUCCUCAGCUCUUUUUACCCAGAAGUAGGUACAAGUUGCCCCUAAGCACUGAUACAGGGUCAGAUAUAUAGUUUUAGUCCUAUUAACGGUUAAGGUUGGGGGUAGCGUGAAUUGAUCCAUGGCAAAUUUGACCUUGAAUGCUGACUCAUGCAUUCUGGUCUUUCUUACUUGUGUUUGUGUUCUAGAGCAUUGUAGAACAUUCUAGUUCCGGGCAGCAGAUGUACGUAUGUCUGUUACAGUUUAUGUAGAAGGUUCUAGUUGUUGUCGUCUUCCAAAUGUAAAUGAUCCAGAAGCUUCUCUGUCUGCUGCAUAUUACUGUGUGUGUGUACACAAGUGUUGACUUGCCUCACAUCUCGUCUGCCCUCCAGAUGACAACCUCCGGGGGAGGGGGAUUCUGUGACUGUGGAGACACAGAGGCCUGGAAGAAGGGCCCUUACUGUCAGAAACAUGAGCCCAACAUCAGUGACUCCUGUCAGGAGGUGAGCAUCUCUUAGCCCCAGCUAUAUCACGUCUCAUUGACAUCCAAUAACAAUACACAGUUCAUUCACUGCUGUUGCUCUUACACUCAAUAUUGCGUUACAAGUUGUUACAGAUUGCUAAUUGCCACUUUAAAAUAGGCUAUUUCAUUAGAUUUAAUCAUCGUUUGAGUUCGACACUCCCAUAGUUAUAUUUGGCUGAUCACAACAUUAUUUCAUUGUCUAUUUGCAGGAUCCCCUGGCCUACCUCUCAACAGACAUGAUUGCCCGCUGCUAUAAUGUCUUCUCCAUUGUUCUGAAAUAUGCCGUGGACAUGCUGACCUGGGACAAGGAGGACGAGCUGCCCCCGGGCCUGGAGCCUCCGUACGUAUACACACAGGAAGUAAUUUCUGAUCAGUUUUCACGUUCUUGCUGGUCGUCAUGACAACCCGAUGAUUUCAAUCUAUAGCCAGUUGACAUUUCAUGUCUGUCUGUCUUUUUAUUUCUCAGAGACCGAAGUGACACCUAUUACUGCAUGCUCUUCAAUGACGAGGUGCACACAUACGAGCAAGUCAUCUACACCCUCCAGAAGGCGGUCAACUGCACCCAGAAAGAAGCAGUCAGCUUCGCCACAACAGUAGACAGAGAUGUGAGUCGUGUGUGUGUAACCUGCAAACCUACGGCAUCAAUGACUAAUGGCUUGAUAUGUGUGUAAUCAUUAUUUUGUAUCUCCUACUAUACAGGGAAGGAAAUCGGUGCGCUUUGGCGACUUCGCGUUCUGUGAGCAGGCCAAGUCAGUCAUUGUGGUGAGUAGCCUGGUCUGGGGAGCUGGAUGUAUCUCAUUGAAAUCUCAUGAGAUGACAGAUACCCGCAUCCCACCGCUGCCACCAAUUAAACCGUUAACAGUCAUUUUUCAAGAGUCUAUAUAUUAAUCAGUGUGUGUGUGUGCGUGUGCAGAGGAACACGAGUCGUCAGUCCAAGCCCUUGCGGGUCCAGGUAAUGCACUCCUCGGUGGUGGCUCACCAGUGCUUCGCUCUCAAAGCCCUCCACUGGCUGGGCCACGUAAUAGGAUACUCAGGUCAGUCUCCUUCCGCUCUCCUGACUAUUAACUUGAGUAUUGUCUACCUGCCGUUGGAUUCUAUUCUCCGUAUCCUCUUGAAAUAUAAAGAACUUAACACAAUAUUUUAUUAAAUGCCACUCAUAAAUGGUUCAUUGGGGGGGAAACCCGCGUUUGCGCAAGGGCCCAUUGACAGUAGUUGUGUGUGUGUGUGUGUAGAUGCUCUGAGGAGGAUCCUGUGUCAGGUGGGCCUGGAGAGGGGGCCAGAGGGAGAGAACUCCUCCCUGGUGGACACACUCAUGCUCUGUGACUCCAAGAUGUGGAAAGGUGAGGAGGAAAUGCAUCCUUUUAGUUCUUCUGCCAGGUUUGGGAACAAUUCCAUUUUAAUUUCACUCAAUAAUUUUAAAAAAAUCUCAUAGAUUUUUUUAUUUUAAUUCACUUUAAGAUUUUACUGAAUUAGGACGGCAUUGACCGACCCCCAACCCUGUCUCCUGCAAUGCACAUAAAACAUAAACAACACUUCCAUGAACACUGUUCUGACUCUAACACCCAAUUUCCACUCCAGGAGCCAGGAAUGUCUACCACCAGCUCUUUAUGAGCAGCCUUCUCAUGGACCUCAAAUACAAGAAGCUGUUUGCUAUCCAGUUUGCAAAA